GGGUGAAUAUGUCAUUUAGGGUUCAAACCCUAGUCUCCGCGAGCUCUCUGACUAUAUACCGAAGCUUCAUUUCUGCAUGAAAUCGCAUUCCGCGAGGCACCCCACUUGGUGAUCUCUCACCAUUUCUGUCUCUUUCACACUCGGCGGCCUUUACAGGUCCUCAUCUGAGUCCCUACAAUGGCAGAUUCAUCACACCAUUCAUCGGUGUUUCAGAAGAUAUGUGGCCAUUCUCACCUUACUUCUAGGCUUUCCCCUGGCCUUCACUCCACACGUUAUACUACAACAGGAGUAUACGCUAAUGGAGUUUUGGAGAAUCCCUUAAAGACAGCUUAUCAUGGGACUGGCUUGGCUGGAGUUUCGCCCACUUCUCCUUUUCUUGUACAAGCUCCUUCAGAGAAAGGUGCAGCCGGCUUUGCUGUGGAUUUUCUUAUGGGAGGAGUAUCUGCUGCUGUUUCUAAAACAGCUGCUGCUCCAAUUGAGCGUGUCAAACUGCUAAUCCAGAAUCAGGAUGAGAUGCUUAAGACUGGUAGGCUGUCUGAGCCAUACAAAGGAAUUACUGACUGCUUUGCCCGUACAAUUAAAGAUGAAGGAGUCAUUUCUCUAUGGAGAGGAAACACUGCAAAUGUUAUCAGAUAUUUCCCCACACAAGCUUUGAAUUUUGCCUUCAAGGAUCACUUCAAGAGGCUGUUCAACUUCAAGAAAGACAGAGACGGUUACUGGAAAUGGUUUGCUGGGAAUUUGGCCUCUGGUGGUGCUGCUGGUGCUUCGUCUCUUUUUUUUGUUUAUUCCCUUGAUUAUGCUAGAACUCGUCUGGCCAAUGAUGCUAAGGCUGCUAAAAAGGGUGGUGAGAGGCAGUUUAAUGGUCUUGUUGAUGUUUACAAGAAAACCCUUAAAUCUGAUGGCAUUGCUGGGCUGUAUCGUGGAUUUAACAUCUCUUGUGUUGGAAUUAUUGUGUAUCGUGGUCUUUACUUUGGAAUGUAUGAUUCAAUGAAGCCCGUGGUUUUGGUUGGCGAUUUGCAGGAUAGUUUCUUUGCCAGUUUCUUGCUUGGAUGGUGUAUCACAAUAGGAGCUGGUUUGGCUUCUUACCCAAUCGACACUGUCCGAAGAAGAAUGAUGAUGACCUCAGGCGAAGCAGUCAAGUACAAUAGCUCCUUGGACGCAUUCAAACAGAUCGUUAAGAAUGAGGGUACUAAAUCUCUUUUCAAGGGUGCUGGGGCAAACAUUCUGCGUGCCGUUGCUGGUGCUGGUGUGUUGGCUGGGUAUGAUAAGCUUCAGCUUCUUGUUCUUGGCAAGAAAUAUGGUUCCGGUGGUGGCGGUUAAAAGAGCUUCUGAAACUGCAAGGAUGAGUGAAGAUUGUGUAGUUUCUCUUAAGUUGAAUAAUCUGUUAUGAAUGAAUGUUUCCUUCAGCAUCUGGAUAGUUUGUCACUAGGAACCAUAGCUGUCAAAAGCAUCACUGGAGUCCUGAGUGUUUGUUGUUUGUGCUUGAGCUUGAAGAUGGAAUUUUGGUCUUCUGAGAAUUCUUAACACAGUGAUUGCCUUUUGCUAACGUCUGCCGUGUGCAGAAAUGUUUGUAUUCCAAGCUUUGCUCAUUUGUUUCGCAUAUCGUGGACUCUGUUCUUAGCAGAAUGUAGGUCUCGGAUACUGUUUGGUAUAAACUCUUAUAAUAUCAUUGACGUUUGCUUU